GCUGGCUCACCAGGCCCCAGCCCACAUGCCUGCUUAAAGCCCUCUCCAUCCUCUGCCUCACCCAGUCCCUGCCGAGGCUGAGCAGACGCCUCCAGGAUCUGUCGGCAGCUGCUGUUCUGAGGGAGAGCAGAGACCAUGUCUGACACGGAAGAGGUGGUGGAAGAGUACGAGGAGGAGGAGCAGGAAGAAGCAGCUGUUGAAGAAGAGGAAGACUGGAGAGAGGAUGAAGACGAGCAGGAGGAGGCAGCAGAAGAGGAUGCUGAGGAUGGGGCUGAAGCAGAGGCUGAGACCGAGGAGACCAGGGCAGAAGAAGAUGGAGAAGAAGAGGAAGCAAAGGAAGCUGAAGAUGGCCCAAUGGAGGAGUCCAAACCCAAGCCCAGGUCGUUCAUGCCCAACUUGGUGCCUCCCAAGAUCCCCGAUGGAGAGAGAGUGGACUUUGAUGACAUCCACCGGAAGCGCAUGGAGAAGGACCUGAAUGAGUUGCAGGCGCUGAUUGAGGCUCACUUUGAGAACAGGAAGAAGGAGGAGGAGGAGCUCGUUUCUCUGAAGGACAGGAUCGAGAAGACGUCGGGCAGAGCGGCGGAGCAGCAGCGCAUCCGGAAUGAGCGGGAAGAGCGGCAGAACCGCCUGGCUGAAGAGAGGGCUCGACGAGAGGAGGAGGAGAACAGGAGGAAGGCUGAGGAUGAGGCCCGGAAGAAGAAGGCUUUGUCCAACAUGAUGCAUUUUGGGGGUUACAUCCAGAAGCAGGCCCAGACAGAGCGGAAAAGUGGCAAGAGGCAGACCGAGCGGGAAAAGAAGAAGAAGAUUCUGGCUGAGAGGAGGAAGGUGCUGGCCAUCGACCACCUGAAUGAAGAUCAGCUAAGGGAGAAGGCCAAGGAGCUGUGGCAGAGCAUCUAUAACUUGGAGGCAGAGAAGUUCGACUUGCAGGAGAAGUUCAAGCAGCAGAAAUACGAGAUCAAUGUUCUCCGAAACAGGAUCAACGAUAACCAGAAAGUCUCCAAGACCCGCGGGAAGGCCAAAGUCACCGGGCGCUGGAAGUAGGGCCCAGCCUCCUUCACCAAAGAUCUGCUCCUCGAUCACACCUGUCUCCGGCCUGCACUCCCCCAGUUCCUGGGUCCUCCUGGGCUCCCCGGACAGCUCCUGUUUGGAAAUGGGGAGCUGGUCUAGGUGGAAGCCACCCCUCGUGCCUGCCCCCACACCCACUUCACGCCCGUAAUAAAAAGCCACCACACACUGA